UGAGGAUGAAGAUGCGGAGGAAUUGGAACCGGAGACGGCCGAGGAGGAGGGUGCCGGCAGCCACGACGCCGACGCGCCUGCCUCAUCCCAAACCGCCACCGGUAAUAAAAAAAGUAAGUCUGAAUUAAUGCAAAAUAAUUUUGAUAAAUGGAAGGACCCACAAACUGGCUAUUGGCACGCAACUUGCAAGUGGUGCAACAACAAUUAUAGUUUGGGAACCUCCGGCGGAUACGGAUCCGCCGCAAGGCAUCUUAAGUCAAAGCACCCCGUGGAGUACGCAAAAUUAGGCGGCGGAACGGGGAAGCAAACUCAAAUAUCGAGUUGAUUUUGAAGAAAAUGAUGACUUUGACGUUCUAGACUGGUGGAAGUCAAAAGAAAGAACGUUCCCGAUUUUAGCACGGAUGGCUAAGCAAGUACUAUCAAUGCCGGUUUCAACAGUUGCGGUGGAACAAGAAUUUAGUUCGGCCGGCAACGUCCUAACGGCAUCUAGAUCGAGAUUGAGCGCGGAGUCUCUUGAGACGCUUAUAUGCUACCACGAUUGGUUGAAGGCCGCACGUAGAACUCAAGAAUUGAGCAUCACCCCCUCCCAAGAUUUUAUGGAUGACUCAACAACCGAUGGUGGCUCUACCUAUGCCGGAGAUUCCGAUUGAUUAGUAUUUUAGAAUUUAGUACAAAAUGUAUUUUAUAGCACUUGUCAAAUUUAUUUAUACUU